CUCCGAAUUAGCCGGGGUUUAAGUGUCCACGCCCGCGAACGACUCGAGUUUUUUUAUAGAGGCGUUUUGUAGUCUUUCGCGGAGUUAUAGCUCUGUGUGUUCACGUGGCUUGAGGUCGUGUAGACGUGGCUUUGAAUCGGUAUGUAUACCGGGAGUAGUUCAAAAGUUGCCGUGAGCGACGUAUAGUGUUUAAACAUAAUCAGACAAUAAGCGCUUGCUAAAAGGGGCUCUUAUGCGGAGAAAAGCAGAAGCUUUAGUUGGUUUUGUGGCACGUGUGUAAUGUUUGACAUUGUAAAGUAACUGUUAGCCCACCGAGAUCCGGUAUAUUCAGUGUUGAGGAGAACAAGGAUACCGCUGUCAGCUGAGAUAAUAUCAGCUGAUAUAACGUCGUUGAUCAUCCAACGUUUGUUCCAGAUAAGACUUAAUUACCGGGUAAUUCCAGAGAUUCUUGCAGACGCGAUCGAAUCGUCAAGAACAAAAGAUGGUCUGGUCACCGGCCAAAACGACGACUGGUUGCCUCAGGACUCCCACGAUUUCGUCCUGCGAUUCAACGUUCCUGACCUUCCUGACGCUGCUCUCCCAGUAUCUCAGCCGCUCGUACGAUGACAAGUUCACCGACGUAGCUGAUGAUGCAGGGGAGUACGACUUCAUCGUUGUGGGUGCCGGAAGCGCGGGAUGCGUCGUUGCCAAUCGCCUGAGUGAGAUCGAAGAGUGGAAGGUUCUUUUGCUCGAAGCUGGAGACGAAGAGCCACUAGUGGCCGACGUACCAGGUCUCACCUGGACACUUCAUGGUAGUAGCAUCGACUACGGCUACAAAACCCAACCUAAGAACGUAAAAGGUGCACCAGUCAAGAACAGGACACUCUACUAUGGAAGAGGUAAGGUCAUGGGUGGCUCGAGCACCAUCAACGGCAUGAUGUACGUCCGAGGCAGCAGGCAGGACUACGACGACUGGGUUGAACUUGGAAAUGCCGGUUGGAGUUACGAUGAAGUCCUGCCGUACUUCAAGAAGUCAGAGGAUAUGAGAGACUUGGAAGUUCUCAGGAAGAAUCCUGACUAUCACUCCACUGGUGGUUACUUGACGGUUGAAGGGUACCAACACACAGGUGUUAACUCGCAAGCCAUUAAAGAGGCCUGGAAGGAAUUGGGACUCGAAGAGGUCGAUUACAAUACCGACAAUCAAAUCGGGACAUCGAGAAUGCAAACGACCAAAAUCCAUGGGGCCAAGCAGAGCACCAACGGUGCUUUCAUCAGACCCAUCCGUGGCAGAAGAUCAAACCUCGCCAUCAAGUCUCGUGCACGAGCGACGAAGAUCAUCAUCGAUGAGAGCUCCAAGAAAGCUAUCGGCGUUGAAUACGUAGACGAGAGAACGAACGCCGCCAAACGAGUUUUCGCGAGUAAGGAGGUAAUCGUGUCAGCCGGGGUCAUCGAUUCGCCGAAGCUACUGAUGCUGUCGGGAGUCGGGCCGGCUCGUGAUCUCGAGGAGGCUGGUAUUCCGGUGGUUAAAGACUUGCCUGUAGGCACGAACCUGCACGACCACGUGGCCGUCGCGCCAAUUCUACUCAGCGUAAAGAAUCAAGCGACAGCCGUUUCAGCGAUGAAGAACGUUCAGAACGACUUGGCCUACUGGUUAAGCACUCACGAGGGUCCACUCGCGGAUUUCGGCAUGGCCGAUAACAUAGCUUUCCUUCAAACAUCUCAGGAGAAUCGCACAGGUGUUGGAAAUAUCCAAGUAAACUUCUUCACUUCGUUGAGCGACUCUCAGCGUAACUUCUACACCCUGAUACCGUACUACACCGGUUACACGAUGUUCGUCAUGAACGUUGAGCCCAAGAGUCGUGGUUAUCUGAAAUUGGAUCCCAAGAACCCCGUGGAUGGACAACCGUUGAUCUACGUGAAUGUACUGGACGAUCGCAGGGAUGUCGAUGUGCUGGUGGAAGGUGCUUUGAAAGCUUCCAAGAUUAUCGAGACCGAGGCUUUUAAGAACAACGGUUUAACCGCUGCCUGGACACCGAUACCAGAAUGCGACGAUUUCGAUCAGGGCACGGCUGAUUGGUUCGAGUGUCUGGCUCUGAACCAGCCGAUAACGGUAUCCCACGCGGCUGGAACCUGCAAGAUGGGACCGAGAGACGAUCCUCAAGCAGUCGUCGAUAACGAGCUUCGAGUCUACGGCAUCGAAGGUCUAAGAGUCGUCGAUGCAGCCGUCAUGCCGCAAGUGACGAGGGGCAACACCAACGCUCCGACUAUCAUGAUCGCCGAGAAGGCCUCCGAUUUGAUCAAGAAGGAUCAUAAAAAAUAAUUCAACUUUUGUGUAAGGUGUUCCAAGAAUAAAAAAGUCUAUCUCAUACGAUA